GAACUCAGAACGUUCAGGAUGAGUAAUGUGACCUGACGGCGAGGGAAACUGCGGGUGGACAAAGAUGGGCGGGUCUGGAUUCGCCUUGGGCGUUUUAGUGCUUCUGUGUGUCUUGAUUAGUUUUGAUGGGGCAAGGGGAGGCUACUCCCGAAACGCAUGCUAUUUUUGCACGGACACUGGCAGCAAUCCGGACUGUCGAGAUUAUGACGUCCUGCACAAAGCGAAUCUGAACAACAACGACACAGACCAGGAACUGUUGAGGAACUGCUCUGCAUCACAGCCUUUCUGUAUGAUCGAAGUCUACAUUAAAUUAGGUCUGGUGUACAGCUACAUCCGGGACUGCACAUCGAAUCAGAACGAUUCCUUCUCAUUCGCCAAGGAAGGGAGACUGAAAGUUAUUACCGCUACCAACAUCACAACCUGUACGUUCGACAAGCAAACCAUGGGUCAGAUGUGCUUGACCAUAUGCAGUGGUCAGUUCUGCAACGGACCGCAGGUGUCAGAAGGUCUGGUAUUGGUGCCUUGCUUGAAGAGCGUGCUUUUACCAAUCUUGGUAAUGGCACUUGGAACACCUGGUGCCAGAUUCGUCGUAUAAAUGGACAAGAACUCGUUGGAUUUAGAUCAGUUUUGUUUGAAAUCAAAUGACAAGCCUCUUGAUUGACUGUAUGUAUUUAAUUGGCACGUGUUAUAUUUUGUAUUUGUCAACUCAAUAAAACAGCGUACAUCAGUCAGGUCACGUUUGACCAUAAGUGACCGAAAUAGUUUCCGAUGUAAUUCCUUCUUUUGACUUGUACCAUAUGUUACCGUGUUUGUUCAGAUGAACACUUGACUUGCCUUUGCAUGUGUUUCUGAUGGGUGCCUAACGUGGAGCAGGAUACGCCCACCUUUUCGCGAACACCCGGUGUUUGAUAGUGAUUCAUAAAUUCAUGAUUUUGAUAGACAUUUUGUAACGUUCUUGUGAUUGAUGAUAAGUUUCUCAGCUUUCAUUUCGAUAGUAUAUGUGUCAUGCUUUAACAUCAGAUGUUUUUCAUACCAAACGGUGUUUGCACACUCGUUUACAAAUAUUCUGUGCAAAUAAUGUCAUCAUUUCGAUAUCAAGUUACGACUGGGGAAAAUCUUCACAUCAAUCGAUCAUACCUUGAUAUUUUGAUAGCAGAUCAUUUAAAAAAAACACGUCCUAGCUUGAAUACUAAUUUCUAUAGCGUCGUGCAUGCUGGUGUGUACUUGUGGUUGUACAGGGGGUACCACCUAUUACCAUUUUUGGGUAUGACGCGACCAGAGGAUCGAACCUCCAAACUUCCGCUCUGUGGGUAGACGCUCUAUCUAGUACACCACGGAGGCGGUUUGAUCACUGUCUUGUUGAUACAAUCAAAUGGGCAUAACGACGGUUUUCUCUUACUUCAACUUGUUUGAACAGCUUCCAUUUGAACGAUCCAUCUGUAUUAAAGGUUAUGGGGAACGAGUCAUGCCUCGACAGUGUAUUUUGUAUUAUAUGUAAUUAGGUAAUACCCCGAAGACAUACCCUCGUCGAUAGCACUCUGAUCCCCAAGGUACAUAUAAAAUGUCAAGUUUAAUACACAUAUUGGUAAAUGUCUUGCCUGUCAGACAUUCCGAGUGCACUUAUGUAAAUCGAUAAAGUAAUCAUAGUUAUUGUGUAACAUACAUUUCAAAUUGUUUUUGGCAUUUUUGUUGUCCAAUAAAUGCGAACCGUGUAAUUGAAAGUGUUAUGCGUGAAAAGGAACAUUUAUUCUUGAUUAUCUUAGAUAUUUGAUGUGUGUGAGCACUAAGUUCAAUAAGUGGGAAAGUAAAAAUAAACUUAUCAGGUAAAACCAGGACUGUACGUUGCAUGUGAAAGAUUCAUUGUCUGUUUGUUUUUCUGCGCUGUGAGAUGAAAGUUAAAGGAAUAUUGAGUGUUUAGGCAAGUUCAUGUCCUUUCUAAAAUACAGUUAUGAACCUGGAAUGAGUGAAGGUGCUGGUACUGGCAACUGUUUUUGGUUUCUUUCUUCAUCUUAUUUUUAACAAAGAAAAUGACUUGUCAAGGCGUUAAAUAAGUAUCACUGUACUUUGUUUUUAUCAGAAAUUAUGUUAAGAAUGCCCCUAUGGGCGUUCAACUUGGUGAUGAAACUAGCAACUAUAAUUGCCUCAUCCAUCCUUUUUAUUAUCAAAACACUUCAUAUGCUUUGCAUAAUUUACAUUGGACAAAUUCCAAAGUCAUCAACGUGUUUGUAAGAUAAAACUCAAUAAAUCUUAUAAAUAUAA